UUUAGUACACAGCUCUGUGCACAUCUCGAUCGUGUUUUCGGCGGCGCUUGUAGCCACAUCCCGUACAAGGUUCUCGCGUUUGUUUGGCCCGUUUCUUUAUCGAUCUGUGUCGUCCGCCCCCGCGCACAUACGACGCAGCGCAGUUCCGCGGUACGCGAUCUCGUUGCCGGUCACAUUUGGUGGAUGCCGGAGGAUAGAUACAUUCUACUAGACUGUGGGCCAGUUCCAGUCGCUAACAGCCAUUCGAGAGUGUUGUGAGGAAGUAAUCCGGUCGUUCACAGUUAGUUCAUUCGUGUCCUGUUGGACGAGUUCGAGUACAGGACCAAUCAGGCUACCUCGCCAUCUAGGACAGUAGCAGCAGCAGCAGCGAGCAAAGAAAGCGAAUCAAGGAUUCAAGCCACCCGCCGAAGGUGUAGAACUUUCAGGUGCUUCGCGUAACGAAAAUCGAUUUCUCGUGACGGUUCCCCAGGGGAAAUAAACAAGUACAACAUUGCGAAACAGUAGCAGUGGAUUCUGUUGAAGGAAGAAAAAAGUUCGCGAUAUUAGUUGUGAAGUGUUGCUAGGAGGAAGUUCUGGAAGUUUUUUUUCUGCACAAUUCUCUCAAUUUGGAUGUGCUAGCUAAGCUGUAAAGAAUACAGAAUAAAGGAGAAGUGUGAUCGGUUCUGAUCCUAUACCGAAAGUGAAGAGUUUGCAGAAGAAAAAGUGAAUGAAGGAAGCGAAGAAUAAAUUAUAGCCCUCCAUGGUGAAAUCUUUAUCGCGGGGCUUAUAAAUAUCAAAAGAAGUAAACCUCGUGGCAAGCCACUUUAUAGCUCGCGGUGAUUAGUGUGAUUCUGCAGUGUUUCAAAAUAUAACAAGUGCGACGUCAGCGGGCUAGUGCCAGGAAUAGUCUAGAAGAGCGUCAGGAACUGACUUCCCGAGAGCUACAAGAUUAAAUAGCAGCUCGUUUUAAAAGUGACCGUAGUAUAACGUAGUGGAUUCAGGCAGAUGAUUUAUCCCGUUGAAUAAGAUAGCAAAAUUACUCAAAAAUAAGAACUGGCAGCCGAAGUGAAGCAACACACAUUAUUACCUGCAGAGGCACGCAACAUCGGAACGCAGCGUAAUUCCUUACAAUGAAUUGAUCUCGUUGGAUUAAAUCCCAGGAAGUACAAUUUUCAUAGUAUAAUUUAGUCAAUCGAAAUUGUAGUCCUCAGUCGAGGGAGAGACUGAUAGGGUAGCAGCAGCAGCAGCAGGCAGGAACUAGCUUUCGAAAGCUAGCAGCGGUUUCGUGUAUCCUGACGCGAAGUAGAGUGCGUUAAAUUAUCAUAAAUAUCGGAUCACAAUGGUAGACUACUACAAAGUGCUGGACGUGGCCAGAACCGCCACCGAUGCGGAAAUCAAAAAGGCAUACAAAAAACUAGCGCUACGAUGGCACCCCGAUAAAAAUCCAGAUAAUCCAGAGGAAUCGAAUCGGCGGUUUAAGGAGAUAUCCGAAGCAUAUGAAGUGCUAUCAGACGCCUACAAACGACAUAUUUACGACAACCGAAGCACACGGAAGAGCUCCGCCAGUUACACGGCGAGCGGUGGCAUGCGUGACAGCAGCAAUUACACUGCUUACACAAAUCGUGACUACAGCAGUAGCAAAUACGGGUUCGACCACUACGGCGGCGGCGGGUUCGACCAUUACGGGCGUCACGGUAGUGGUACAAGGUCGGGGCGCGAAAACAACCGUACGUUUUCGUUUCGGGGAUUCUUCGAGACGACGCCGUUUUUCCGCUUCUUUGAGAAAAAACGGCGCAUCUAUGACCAGUACGGCAAGGAGGGUCUAAUGACCAACGGUUCCGAGCGGUACCACCAUAACACACGGCACCGGCGGCACAAUGGCGGUGGUAUCCACGACGAGUUCGAUAUCUUUGGCGGAUUCCCGUUCACGUUCCGCGACCCAGAGGAGGUGUUUAGGGAGUUCUUUGGUGGCUCGCCGUUUGAGGAGAUUUUCAGGGUAACAUCCCACCAUAACGGACGCCGGUCGAAUGGAACCAGCAACGGACAGCGACACUCACACCCGCAGAACGUAAUCAGCUCGCCGUUUAUGUCACCCUUCAUGAGCUUCAACCUGAUGGACGAGUUCUUCAACGCGGAUCCAAUGGCGCACCGAGGUGGUGGGGGUGGUGGAGGUUUUACCUCGAUAUCGGAGUUUAGCGUCGGCAGCGGUCCGGUGAAGCGGACGUCCACCUCGACUACCUUCGUCAACGGAAAGAAGAUGAUGACGAAAAAGGUGUACGAAAACGGCACUGAGACGAUAAUGUCGUACGAGAACGAUGUACUAAAAUCAAAGACUGUAAACGGAGUCGCUCAAGCUAUUUCCACCUAUUCCCACUAGACCAGUCGGGAGAAUGAGCAAGGCUGGCGCCAGAAGAAAAAGUAAAUAGAGAGAUACGGGAACGGACAGGAGGGGGUGGAUGCGAACCAAAAAUCAUAUUGCGCUAUUUGAUUGGAGUGAAUGUGAGACAAGCGUAGGAUUAAUUACUAUACUAUUGAAACCAUACAUCUAGUACUAUUAACUAGUGAUUGAGCGUUUACUUCUUCUGCAACACCUACUACUACUAAUCAAUCGCAAAACCGAAAGCGGGUCGCAGGUAGCUUUUGGUGAAAAAAUAUGCUGAAGUUUACUUUGAAAAAAAAAAAAUCGUAUUCGAGUGUGAGUGAAAUAAAACAAAAUAAGGCGUCAACAUUGCAGCGUAACUCGUCAUAAUCACGGAUCAACUGAAUUACAGUGAGCAAAUAACUUACAGAGAAACAAAUGUUCUAUGCAACAGAAGAAAAAAUCACAGGCGUAAGAAAUCAAAAUAAACAAAAAAAUAAAUGAAAGGGUUACAUUGUCAACAACUAUAUCAUAAAGCAAGACCGUUCAUCAAAAAAUAAAAGAUAAAAUUAGAUUAAACAGUUUGGAAUAAAUUUGAAAUAGAACGGAAAUCAAAUACUAUUACCACUAUUACCAUUGUUAGGACAGGAUACGAAUUUGCCGAUGAAUAAACGCUAGACCCUAUUCCAAACGAGAUAGCAUACAGAGACAGUAUCGAAUACAAGUGUCAACCACGAAAUAAACAAAAAAAGCAAAUUUGCAAUUAUCACGUAACAACAGUAACAACAACCUUUCCGUAGAUGUGUAUAAUAGGAAGUAGCUUUUUUGGAUCGUUGUUUUAGCUAAGCAGAAAAUAACGUUUCGAGUAAACUUUUUACUAGUUGGUAUUAGACGUGAACAGCCUGCAGACACGACCGUAAUCAAAAGAAGAUAACAGAAGCAACAUUCGACGGCAUAAGCAACAACAGUUUUUGUUGAAGUGAUAUAAUUUGGCAUUGGUUUGUUUCGAUUCUCAACUUUCGAUUAAAUUUCUAAUAUACAGCCAUCAUACACAUAACAGUCUCAUAUGCUAUACAAGGAAUGAAGCUAUGGAUUUCCUACGCACAUGGGACUGUUAUAAUAGUUCAGCCGACAUGAUCCUUCGCUACGCAUAUUUAUUUAACGUUUCUUGUAAUGUAGGGUACAAAAAUUUACCAUCGAGUUUCGAUAAGACCUGCUAGCCAGACACGCUGCCUGUUGGUAUCACAAGGUGUCGGAAGAGAUAGCACUCCAAUAAAUUGAGCAUAAAACGUUCGAAAGAAAUUGUAAAUUUAUUCGAUGAGAUUCGAGAUGCGAUAAACCCUACAAAUGUUUUUCAUUUUACGAACUACGUUUUAAUUCCUUCCGAAAGGAGGGGACGGGGUAUGAUCUCGUAUCGAACACCUAUCUUUUGCCAUCACCGUUAUGAGCUUGUUCAAUUACUAUUAUUAUCUAAUAAUCUAAGCUAAACAGUUAUAUUUGCUAUUGAGCGAUCCUAGAGAUGAUAAAAGCUGUAUAAUAUCCACGCUAACCAUAGGAGACUCAGUUUUUUUUUCCUAGUUUAAUUUUAGUAUGUUUAUUUUUGCGGAUGUAGAAUCGGUAAGAGGUAUGUGUUUCGCCGAACGGAUGAGUGCUGUCAACGGGAUGGGACAUUUCGCUGUUGUGGAAGUUGAUCCGAAUCCCUUUUUUGUAAAAUGUUCGUUUCUUGUUAGAAUUAUAGCGCUACUAUUAAUAGAGCAAGUCGAUAUGAUAAGGUGAAAGAAAAAACACAACCACAUUUUUACCAUAAGAAUUAAAGCGCGUGAAGCGGCGGUAAUAAAAUUUAAUUUAAACCCAACGGAUGCAAAGUAAUCAAUUGGUGAUGCAAAGACCAUGUAAUAUUUUUGUAGUGUAAUACUUUUACUGGAGUGUAACAUAUGCAUAACAAUAUUAAAUGGUGGAGAAAAGUACGACAGAGCUGAUUAGUUGAGUUCAGCGAAACCACACAACAUACAAAACACAUAUGUCACAGCAAAACACUAAUAAAGGCAAGAAAAUGAAGCAAAUUUUAAGCAUUACAGAUUUCCGAACGGAUGAAAAAACAGAA